CGGCUUAGCCGCACCCCUCCCCCAUUCAACCACUGGGUUUAAUGUUGCUGUGUGUUUACUACAGUAUUUAGUAUAAGGGGCCGUUUGCCUUUUACAUGCUGUGAACUCUCAGUAACAAAACAGAGGUUUUUUAGUUUUAUCACAAAGACGCAUUUCAGGACUCCAACAUGCCCAAGAGAAAGCAAGAUGGAGGAGAUGUCAAGGAGGAGCCUCAGAGGAGAUCUGCUAGGUUAUCAGCGGUGAGUAAACCCUCGCCUCCCAAGCCUGAACCAAAAGCUAAAAAACCAGCAAAGAAAGAGAAAGCAGUGAAUGACAAGAAAGAGGAGAAGAAGGCCAAGGUGAAAAAGGGGAAGGAGGAGGCAGAGGCCAACGAAGAGAACCACUCUGAAAACGGAGAGGCCAAGACGAACGAGGUGGAGGAUGCUCCUGAAGAACCAGAGAAGGACGAGCCCAAGUCUGAGUAGCAGCACUGCCACCCUCCACCCCCCUUACCCUCACCCCUGCCCCUUCCUUCCCCAAAAUACCCCCGAGUCUCAUGUGGUCUAAACCUCCAUGGCAUAAUUGUUAAACAGAGGAAUAUUUUUAUCAACGAUUUUAUAAAUAUCGGUACAGGUUUUUAGCACAAAUAAAGCUAAACAAUGGAGGGCCUUGCAGUUCUGCAGCGGUCAUAUCAAGUGUCUGCAAGCAAGAUGAACACAAUAAAAAAUAUUCUUUUUUUAAAUGGCAUUUUGUGAUUGUUGAUAGCUUGUCCGGUGUAGAAAGAGCGUUCCAGCUUGGUAGAGUUGAAUUGUGAGUCUUUGUCGUAUUCUGUCCUGACGUUCUUUCCCAAACCAUGUCACUUAUGUGGGUGGCUAAUUUUUUACCUUCUAUAUGUGCAGUGAUAUUUUUUUCUUUUUCUUUUUUUGAAUUUUGAAUUUUUAUUUUGGGGGUUAUUUUUAACUUUAAAAAAAUGUGUUGUCCAUAUGAAAGGAAUAGGAGCAUCUGAAAACAUUCCAGGCAGGGUUACUAUGUGGGUCGAUUUUUUUUAUUUUAUUUUAUUUUUAAACAACCACAUGUUGAAAAUUAUUUUGAUAAAACGAUAUGGGAAAAAUGGUCACACUGUUAUACCGGAUUUGUGUUUUCCUUCAAGGUAAUGAAAUUAGUUUUUAAACAAUGAAAAUUCAAAACAUCUCAAAAAAUCUGCAGGUGUAUGUGUACCCACUCUUGCGUUCUGGAUGUCUCUUAAUAAAAGUAAUCCAUGGAACUUUC